AUGCCGAGCCCAGAGGUGACCCAACGCCGUGCCUUUCGGCGGACUGAUGACUAUACACCCGGCACGCCCAAAUUGAACCUCGUGCAAGAAGCCCUUCCUCCCCUGGGACCGACGGAAGUCCUGAUAAAGGUUCAUGCUAUAGCUCUCAACUACCGUGAUGCCAAUAUCGCAAACGGGGGAAACCCUUGGCCAGUCAUACCAAAUGGAAUUUUGUGCAACGACGCAGCAGGCGAGAUCAUCGCCACCGGCGACAAAGUAGAGACUUUGACAAUUGGUGAUAGGGUUGGGCCAAUCACUGACACUGAAAAUAUUUCUGGGCGUGAAGAAAAGCGUUCAUGGCUAGCAGCGGAUGAAGACGGAGUCAUGGCAGAUCAUAUCAUUUUUCAAGAAAAGGUUCUCUGCAAACUGCCAGAUUAUCUUGAUUGGAUCGAGGCUGCUACAAUCCCUUGUGCCGGAGUUACUGCCUGGUCAGCUUUGAAGGGUAUGAGUAUAGGACAGACAGUGUUAAUCCAAGGCACUGGGGGCGUGAGCGUCUUUGCACUCAAGCUUGCGAGAGCUAGCGGCCUUCGCAUCAUUUUGACAUCCUCGAGUGACACAAAACUUCAGCAAAUGAAGGACAAAUACCCUGACAUCCUGACUAUCAACUAUUCCAAGAUACAAGACUGGGAUCAGGAGGCCAUGAAGCUUACCGGCGGCAAGGGUGUUGAUAUUGUUGUGGAAAAUGGCGGAACGAGUUCUUUAGUCAAGAGUCUCAAGUGCACCCGACGCGGCGGCAUAGUCAGUCAAGUUGGAUAUCUUUCGAAGCAAGAGCCUAACGACUUGCGAGAGUUAGUCCCGACCAUUAUCGAUCGGAGGAUUAACCUUAGGGGCAUCAACGCUGGUUCAAAGCAUGAUAUGGAAGAUUUCUGUGCUGCGCUGUCAGCAACCCAAGUCUCUCUUCAUGAUCUCAUCGACAAGGUCUUCCCAUUUGAGGAAGCCGAAGAAGCUGUUGAGUAUGUCUGGCAGGGUAGACAGAUCGGCAAAAUUGUACUCGAACUUUAA